AUAUGUUCUCUGUUCAAAUGGAAUCUUUGAUCAAACAACGCCACCCACUGUUACAACCAAUCAAACGACUUGGUGUAGCAUUCAUGCUUCUGACGUUGUAAUCCCCCUUCCUGGUUAGACACAACAGCAAUGGCGGCAGCGGCACGGCUACUUUUGAGGACAGCGGGCUCAUCUAAAGCCUCCAUAACACAUGGAAACAGCGGAUUGCACCACAAAUAUGGAGCUACUUUAUUAAGAGUGUCUCCCAGUUGCAACCCGCUCGCGAAAACGGAAAGCCGACGUGCAGCCCAUUUCACCUUCCAGCCUGAGCCUGUCCAAACAAAAUAUGGCGCCACUCAGAAGAUGAACCUGUUCCAGGCUGUGACCAGUGCCUUAGACGACACCCUUGCCAGUGACCCCACUGCAGUGAUCUUUGGUGAGGAUGUGGCCUUUGGUGGUGUGUUCCGCUGCACUGUGGGGCUGAGAGAUAAGUAUGGUAAGGACCGCGUCUUCAACACCCCGCUCUGUGAGCAGGGCAUUGUGGGAUUCGGAAUAGGCGUGGCAGUAGCCGGAGCAACCGCCAUUGCAGAGAUCCAGUUCGCCGAUUACAUCUACCCUGCCUUUGAUCAGAUUGUGAACGAAGCGGCCAAGUACCGCUAUCGCUCCGGUAACAUGUUCGACUGUGGGAAGCUGACCAUCCGGGCACCGUGGGGGUGCGUGGGCCAUGGCUCUCUCUAUCACUCCCAGAGCCCCGAGGCUUUCUUUGCUCACUGCCCGGGCAUCAAGGUUGUGGUUCCCAGGGGACCAAUCCAGGCUAAAGGCCUGCUCCUGUCCUGCAUUGCAGACCAGAACCCGUGCAUAUUCUUUGAGCCCAAGAUCCUUUACCGAGCAGCAGUGGAUCAGGUGCCCGUGGAGCCCUUUCAGAUUCCACUCUCAGAGGCUGAGGUCCUGCAAGAAGGAAGUGAUGUCACUUUGGUUGCCUGGGGAACGCAGGUCCAUGUAAUGAAAGAGGUUGCAGCCAUGGCGCAGGAGAAGCUGGGGGUGUCGUGUGAGGUUAUCGACCUGCAGACCAUUCUGCCCUGGGACACUGAGACCGUCUGCAAGUCGGUGGUGAAAACAGGGAGGUUGCUCAUCAGCCAUGAAGCUCCAGUGACAGGAGGAUUCGCUGCUGAGAUCAGCUCCGCAGUACAGGAGGAAUGCUUCUUGAAUCUGGAGGCGCCCAUUGCAAGGGUGUGUGGGUACGACACACCCUUCCCCCACAUCUUUGAGCCCUUCUACAUCCCUGACAAGUGGAAGUGCUUUGAUGCUGUCAAACGGAUGAUCAACUACUGAAGUGCAGAAUCGCUUGGAGCCCAUCGCAUCCAGACCGAACCUCAUUUUUCCAGCUUACUCUAACCAGAGAUGACACACAAACUGUUACAUUUUCAAGUAGAGAUGUUUUUUCUGUAGUGGACUCAUUACACGGUGUGUUGUCCGGCCGUGGCCAGGUGUGGCUGCUUAUGGAAAAGGGGCUUAGAACACUAACGGGCAUGCUCUGUGAGCUCCAGGAUGGGAUGUCCUCUCUCUGGCCGAUUGUGAUGCUGCCCUUUUAUCUUGUUUGUAUUUAACUUGAACUGACCUAAACUGAAGGGAGUGGGUUUUUCAUUGAAUAAAUGGACCUUGCAGUGGUACACUGGCA